CUAAGUGAGAAGAUGCUGAGUGGAAGCAACAAGUCUCAGUCUUCAGGAGCCUAACGAGUAUCUGAGGCAGGGUGAGAAGCAGCACGGGGAGGGGAAAUGCGUGUGUCACCACAGCUGCAGUGGCAUUUGGGAGGCAGCGUGGAGGGGCCCAGGCCUGCCUGCCUCUCCUAGUGUUCUCUGGCGACCUGCACGUCCUGACCUCAGCUCCCCAGUCAAGGUACCUACUCCAACUCUCUUUUCACUUUCACGGCUGCAGCCGCCAUCAAAUGUCUGCUGAGCAGUCAUUCCACGGGCCGGUCCCCUCCCAGGAAUCCUGAGCCAUAAAAACGUGCUCCGUCAUCAUUGGCCUUGGUGGGUGACAGAGGGCUCUGCCCGCCGCCGCCGGUUACAGGACUGGGACAAGAGGAAGGUCCAACACCGACGAUCCCCCUUGGCUCCCAGUGAACAGGAUCCUCCUCUCCGAGCUGGCCAGGACUCGCUGGGGGUCUCCCCAGCCUUUUGCUAGAGCCUGCACGGCUGGGCGAGCUUGAGAAGGAACAUGAAGGUUGGCUGGCCAGGUGAGAGCCGCUGGCAGGUGGACCUGACUGUGGAGGACAGUCCCGCUCUGGGAGCACCACAGGUGGGAGGCCUUCCGGACGUCGUGCCAGACGGGACGCUGCUCAACAUGGUGCUAAGGAGGAUGCACCGGCCCCGAAGCUGCUCCUACCAGUUGCUUCUUGAGCACCAGCGCCCCAGCCGCAUCCAAGGACUUCGCUGGACGCCACUCACCAACAGCGAGGAGUCCCUGGAUUUCAGCGUGAGCCUGGAGCAGGCAUCCACGGAGCGGGUGCUCAGGGCUGGGAAGCAGCUGCAUCGACAUCUCCUGGCCACCUGCCCCAACCUCAUCCGAGACCGAAAGUACCACCUUAGACUCUAUCGGCAGUGCUGCUCAGGUCGGGAGCUGGUGGAUGGGAUCUUGGCCCUGGGGCUUGGGGUCCAUUCACGGAGCCAAGCUGUGGGAAUCUGCCAGGUCCUGCUCGAUGAAGGUGCCCUUUUCCAUGUCAAACACGACUGGACCUUCCAGGACCGAGAUACCCAGUUCUACCGUUUCCCGGGGCUGGAGCUGGAACCUACAGGAGUCCAUGAGCUGGAGGAGGAGUUGGUUGAGGCCAUGGCCCUGCUCUCCCAGCGGGGGCCUGAUGCCCUGCUCACUGUGGCGCUUCGAAAGCCCCCAGGCCAGCGCACAGACGAGGAGCUGGAGCUCAUCUUUGAGGAGCUGCUGCACAUCAAGGCUGUGGCCCGCCUGUCCAACUCGGUGAAGCGGGAGCUAGCGGCGGUCCUGCUCUUUGAGCCACACAGCAAGGCGGGGACUGUGUUGUUCAGCCAGGGGGACAAGGGCACUUCGUGGUACAUUAUCUGGAAGGGAUCUGUCAACGUGGUGACCCAUGGCAAGGGGCUGGUGACCACACUGCACGAGGGAGAUGACUUUGGACAGCUGGCUCUCGUGAACGAUGCGCCCCGGGCAGCCACCAUCAUCCUGCGAGAAGACAACUGUCAUUUUCUCCGAGUGGACAAGCAGGACUUCAACCGUAUCAUCAAGGAUGUGGAAGCAAAGACCAUGAGGCUGGAAGAACACGGCAAAGUGGUGUUGGUGCUGGAGAGAACCUCUCAGGGUGCUGGCUCUUCUUGCCCCCCAACCCCAGGCAGGAACCGGUAUACGGUGAUGUCUGGGACUCCGGAGAAGAUCCUAGAACUGCUGUUGGAGGCCAUGAGGCCUGAUUCCAAUGCUCAUGACCCAACAGAGACAUUCCUCAGUGAUUUCCUCCUGACUCACAGAGUCUUCAUGCCCAGCACCCAGUUCUGCGCGGCCCUCCUGCACCACUUCCAUGCGGAGCCCGCGGGUGGCAGUGAGCAGGAGCGUAACACCUACAUCUGCAACAAGAGACAGCAGAUCCUGCGGCUGGUCAGCCAGUGGGUGGCCCUGUAUGGCCCCAUGCUCCACACUGACCCUGUGGCCAGCAGCUUUCUCCAGAAACUCUCAGACCUGGUGAGCAGGGAUGCCCGGCUUAGCAACCUGCUUCGGGAGCAGUGGCCAGAGAGGCGGCGACACCACAGGUUGGAGAACGGCUGUGGGAGUGCGUCUCCUCAGAUAAAGGCCCGGAACAUGCCUGUUUGGCUCCCUAGCCAGGACGAGCCCCUCCCCAGCAGCAACUGUACCAUCCGAGUUGGGGACAAAGUCCCCUAUGACAUCUGCCGGCCAGACCACUCCGUGGUGACCCUACAGCUGCCUGUGACAGCGUCAGUGAGAGAGGUGAUGGCAGUGUUGGCCCAGGAGGAUGGCUGGACCAAGGGACAGGUGCUGGUGAAAGUCAACUCUGCGGGUGAUGCCAUUGGCCUGCAGCCAGAUGCCCGUGGUGUAGCCACAUCCCUGGGGCUCAACGAACGGCUCUUUGUUGUCAACCCACAGGAAGUGCAUGAGCUGACCCCACACCCUGAGCAGCUGGGGCCCACUGUGGGCUCUGCCGAGGGGCUGGACCUGGUGAGUGCCAAGGACCUGGCAGGCCAGCUGACGGACCACGACUGGAACCUCUUCAACAGUAUCCACCAGGUGGAGCUGAUCUACUAUGUGCUGGGCCCCCAGCAUCUACGGGACGUCACCACUGCCAACCUGGAGCGGUUCAUGCGCCGCUUCAAUGAGCUGCAGUACUGGGUGGCCACAGAGCUGUGCCUCUGCCCCAUACCCGGCCCUCGGGCCCAGCUGCUUAGGAAGUUCAUCAAGCUGGCAGCCCACCUCAAGGAACAAAAGAACCUCAAUUCCUUCUUUGCGGUCAUGUUUGGCCUCAGCAACUCGGCCAUCAGCCGCCUGGCCCAAACCUGGGAGCGGCUGCCCCACAAAAUCCGGAAGCUGUACUCGGCCCUCGAGAGGCUGCUGGACCCCUCCUGGAACCACCGAGUGUACCGACUGGCCCUCACGAAGCUCUCCCCUCCUGUCAUCCCCUUCAUGCCCCUUCUCCUCAAAGACAUGACCUUUAUCCAUGAGGGAAACCCCACCCUGGUGGAGAAUCUCAUCAACUUUGAGAAGAUGAGAAUGAUGGCCAGAGCCGUGCGGAUGCUGCACCACUGCCGAAGCCACGGCUACGUGCCUCUCUCACCACUGAGGAGCCGCGUCUCCCACCUCCACGAGGACGGCCAGAUGGCGAGGAUUUCCACGUGCUCGGAGCAGUCCCUGGGCACCCGGAGUCCCAGCAGCACCUGGGCCUACGUCCAACAGCUGAAGGUCAUUGACAACCAGCGGGAACUGUCCCGCCUCUCCCGGGAACUGGAGCCGUGAGGAGGGGCUGGGGCCAGAGCCAGAGCGGCAGGCACUUCCCGCCUGGAAAGCCAGGGCACGCCCGGGCCGGGCCGCGGGGCCCACAGGCUGGCCACAGCUGGGUAGGGCUCUCCGAGAAGCUGGCUUGAGGCCCUGGAUCUGGCGGCGUGGAGGCAGCUGUCCCCUGUGAUGACUGUGGGCCAAGGAGGACCUCAGAGUGGGAUGAGUGGGCCUGUGCCAAGGAAUGGGGGGCAGAGAGACCCUGGAGUGGGUGGGAGAGCAGAGCAGGCGCCAGGACUCUGUGUUCAAUAGAGCGCUCUCCACACCA